UACAAGUUUUGCGCACCUCUAUCAUAUUUCGCUCAAAAUUUCGUUCGGUCGUGGGUGGCGCAUUAAACAAUUCCAAUUAAACAAAUGCAAAGUUACUGUACAAUCGCCAGUUGAGUCGAGCAAAUAACCAAGUGGCGAGUGGAGCUCGCUCUAAAUCCAGCAAAUCAAUCAAAGUCGUGGCCGUUGUUGUUAUUGCGUUUUGCUGCUUGCAACGCCCCCGAAAUUGGAAAUUCUCUAUGCACAACUCAGUGGGUGCGCGCGGGUGUUUCUCCUAAUUUAAUAGCUGGAAAGUGUUGCAUGCCACUGGACCUAGCAGGAGGCAGCAGCAUCCCCAGUAACGAGGAUCAGUAAACCCACCGUUAACCCUAAAAAAAGAUAUGAAGUGAGCAGCAGAGGAACAUUUUAUUGACACAACUAAGGACGCAAAGCGGCAUCCACAACUUUUAAAAAAGGACACAAGAUACAGUGAUACACCGCAGAGUGAGAGCUUCGUCAAUUGAAGGCGGUUCAUUUGCAACCGCCGCAGAUCCUUUUUCCCCCCAUCCAAUCCGUGGCAGGACGGCUAACGAUCACGCAUUGUUGGAGAGGAAUUGAUGACACUUCUUGGGCCUAGCGCCCCUGGCAUGGCCUUUAUGAUGAAAAAGAAGAAGUACAAGUUUAACGUGGAAGUGCAGUUGCAGGAUUUAGUCGAGGUUGCCCUGGUGAACGAGGUGUUGUUUGCCAAAAUACGACUGCUCGAUGGCGGGUCCUUUCAGGAGUACAGUAGUCGAGAGGAUGUGCGAAACCAUCGCGUGGAGUGGAAUCGCAGCUUCGAGUUCCCCUGCAAAAUGAGUGCAAAUGCCUCAACCGGUGUCCUGGAUCCCUGUCACUUGCGCAUCUCGAUACGCAAGGAGAUGAAGGGCGGACGCAGUUACUAUAAGCUGGGUUUUAUCGACCUCAAUCUUGCCGAGUUUGCCGGCGCCGGCCUCACCUCGCGUCGCUUCCUCCUCGAAGGCUACGACUCCCGUCAUCGCCUGGACAACUCGAUGCUGCGGGUGAGCAUCAAGAUGCACAUGCUGAGCGGCGACAUUCUGUUCAAGGCACCCACGCCCAGCCUAAAGAGCAAGCAGAGCAAACCCUCCAUGGAUGAUUUGGCCAAUGCAGCCACCGGAGUGGGUUUGCAGACACCAACGGCCACCGCUUUGCCCAGCAUAGGCAGCGGCAGUGGUGGUUCGGCCAUUCCCCUGGGCGGUAGUGGAGCCACAUUGGGCGGUGUACCCAGCAAUCAGUCGCUGCCGGGAACAAGGCCCGUGUCCACCACGAAAGAAGAGGAGUUCGAUGCACAGGCUUUGCUAGCAGCCAUAGUGACGGACUCCGGGCUGUCAGAGUCCUCGGAGUCGGCGGUAACGUUGACCACGGAUAAUCUGCAGCAACAUGCCGCCGCUGCAGCUUCUAAUGCCACCGCCGCCACCACACCGGUGACCCAGGCAAUGCCGGGACUGGGGACAAUCGGUAGCAACAACUAUGGGACAACGGGUGUGGGCAUCGGAUUCUCCGGAGGCGGCAAUGCCACACUUAUCGAGAUGGGUCAUUCGAGGAAUUCCAGUAAUACUAGUCAAAUGUCAAAAGGUUCGGGUUAUAGUAGUUUUUCGCACAGUCAGCAUUCAAGGCAGAGUUCCGAGGGCGAUUCGGGACAUGCUAGUCGUUUUAGAAAAUCCGUUUCUCUUCUCAAUAGACUUAAUCAGAGAGCAAUAAAUGCCAUGAAAUUGAGUAUUCCUCACGGGCGUCAUCGCGGACAAAAGGCUUCUCCGGACCAGCAACAGCCGCCCAAUGUCCUUCCAGUGGUCCAGAAGACCACCCAUCUCAGCCUCAGCACCACGAUUGAGUAUGUGAGCGAGGAGCAGCUGUAUCAGACCCCCAACGCCACCAUGAACACCACAGUUCAGGAGACAUUGACCUUCGAGGAAUUCCGCACUCCAAUGGCCGAGAUUGGGCCACCCCAGUUCCAUCCGUUGGGCGGAGGAACACCCGCCUCCACCUAUCGCAGUGCGGGAUCUCCAUCACAUGCCACACAGUAUUAUGACAGCGGAGAGGCGAGCGACACGGAUGAGUACCUGAACGAGGAUUCGGGUGACAAUGACUCCGGCUUGGAGGAAAACUAUCAUACGCCACGUGUGGCCAAGAUCAAGUCGAUGGAGAAUCUAUCCAUUCUUGAGAUGGAGUUCCACAAGGCUUCCAUGGAGCUGGAUCGCAACUCACCGCGACGACUCAAGCAGCUGGCGGAGCGUGCCCAGAUACCGAAGAUGAAGUCACUGAAUAAUCUCUGCUUCGAUGAGUACGCGGAGCAGGCGGUCCGUGAGGAGUUUCAGCGAAUGCACGAGCAGUCACUGGAGGAGCGGCUCCGCUUCCAGCAGCAUCACCAUCUCCGCAAGAACUCCACCGCCUCGAAUGGUUCAGCAGGCAAACUGUAUGUGAAGCACUUGAACCACCAGAGCCAUCACCACAUUAAGGUGGGCAAUGCAAAGUUCAUCGGCCAGGAUGGUUGCAACGAUACUCCCCAGUCGCAGCAGUAUCCCAUUCAGAAGAUGCGAUCGAUGGGCACCAUACCGGACAUCGUAAGCGAACGCAUCGAGGCAGACCCAUUCCUCACGCCGACCACCGAACGAAAACCGAAUUUCCCGCGCCUCAUCCAAUCGGCGGAGAAGCCGGCGCUGGGCAGUAGCUAUGUGAAUCGUCUGCUCACCUACGACGUGGUGGACUCGCCGGCGGAAUCCUUUGCCAGCUCAAUGCCCUUCAUGUCGCGCACACCCUUCGAGCGAGCCUAUCGGCGCAACAUCCUGCAGGGCAGCUCCUCGACACCCCUGGCCAACCAGGAUGCCUUCGUGGUGCGGCCACAUUCCACGAAUGCUGCCUACGAGCUAAUGAGAAGCUUCAGUGGAGUUCCCCGUCGCCUCUUUGACGGAAGCAAUGGGAGCAGCAGCAGCAAUGGCCAGAACCCGGGCAACAUGGGAGCUGUCAGCAGCAGCAGCAGCGGCGGCGGCGGCGGCGGCAACAGGGGACAGCAGGGAUCCGUAAACCCUUCGUCUGGCUACGCCUUGGGUUCAUCCAAUGCCAAUUGCUCGCCCUGUGGGACCCUGGCCAGCAUCCAUUCGAAUCACUCGGCAUCCUCCUCGAAUGGCAGCAACAGCAGCAGCAGCGGAGCAGUCAUCACCUUCCAGUGCAACACCGCCACGAGUGGUCAGGAUGCGGUGGAUGGCCCCAGCACUCAGCAGAUGACAGUGGGCUCGCCCAAUGGCCACCAUGGCAACAGUCCUCGGAUGGGCAAUGUUGCCUCUGGCGAUGCCCUCAGCUCACUGGCCGCCAGUCCCACGGAUGCCUGCAGCAUUCGCUCCAAUCCAUCGGCCGCCUCGCUACUUCUCUCCACCUCGGCAGCAGCCGCCGAGGCAUCCGCAAUGGCUGUGACGGGAGCCACACUAUCUCCGCUGGCCACAACCCAGAUUAUACGCCGCCCCAGCGUCACCAUGAUGAAUCCCAGUUCCGGCUCGUUAGUUAUAAGUGAAACAGGAUCUCUAGAUCGCACGAAAAGCAGUGGCGAGAAGCGCAAGAAGGGUGCACUGGAUGAUGGACCCCGCGUUUCGGAUCGAGUGGAGGAGACGCGGGUCAAUCCCAAUUCGUUAAUCGAUGAGAUUCUAAAGGAUACCAAGCUGGAUCAGCUAGAGGAGUCGGCAGAAACCUCUGGCCUCCAGCUAUAUAUCGCUCGGGAUGGCACCGCCUCAUUGGGCGGACACGAGGUCAAAUCCAGCGUGAGAGCGGGUGCCCUGAAGCAGGUGGUCAUGCAGGACAGGAGAUAGUAGCGUCCCCCAACUGUGUUUGUAAAAUGUAUUAGAAGACUAACUCUGAGCGAGCAAGUAACAGGAGCAGAAAUCGGAAAUAGUUUAGAAUUAUGCGAAAAACACAUUUAUUUGCUAACAACAAAAGUGAGAUAAUGCGAAAGCGCUAUAUAUGAGUAUAUAUACAUAUAUAUAUAUAAAUGUAUGUCAUGUCGAAAACUACACUACUAUGAAUGUAAUUAACUAGCUAUAUAUGCUUAUAUAUACCAAUAUGCAUAAACAUUUGUAUGUCACAUAGAUAUGUUAACAGGCAGCAGUCGUCCUCCAAGUGGAGGCUUCUUUUCGGCCAAUGUGUUGUGCUCGUGGAAUUAGGAAAACCAAAAAAAAAAAA